UCAGCCUCACUGGCUAGCUGCUAGAAGCUAGCACCCGCUCUCAUUGCUUUAUUUUUUUAUUUUUCUAUAUCCUGUCCAUUUUCUUUGUAAAUAUACUACCACUAUCACCUUAAUCAUUCUCUUUCGACAUACUUGAAUAAAAUGGUCGUUUUGUCAAAUGACGAAGAACAGGAUUACAUCCUGAUAGAGGAACGCAAAUGCGUCUCGCUGCCCUGCUCGCCUGCUAAGCGAGUUUCUCCAGCCAAAAGGAAGCAGUAUUACAUCAAUCAAGCCGUCCGCAACUCUGAACUCACUCCGCGCGCCAAAGGCAAAAAGAGCCAACGCCGACAGGAGAACUCUCGUUUUCUUGCCAGUCUCCUGGAGAAUGACGAAUAUUCCAAAGAUGACCUGGAGGUUUGCAGCAACCCGGCUAUCCCGUCCAUCUUUACUGAGGCCUGCACCAAUGAAAACUACAUAGUGGUACAGUUUAGAAACUUUAUUCUUAAGCCGUGGGAUGACUUCAUGAAUUGCUCCGGUGAGGAGCAGGAGCGUCUGCUUUCUCUCCUGGAGGAGGAGGGAACCAAGAGGAAAAACAAUCAACUUCUCAAAGACCACAGGAAUGUCUAUACUGCCUUUUCUGCUCAGGAGUGCUUCCACAGAAUCGAUCGGCGGCUUCAAGCGACUCUGAGACGGAAGCAAAUACCCAUGGGAACGCUGGAAGUGAUCGAGGAAAAGCUUCUCAGCUUCUUCAGCGCUGAACCUCACUCAGUUUACACAACCAUCCUCAGCAGCAGUUUUGAGCGGCUGCUUCUUCAUGCCAUCUGCCAGUACAUGGACCUCGUCUCUGCAAGCAUUGACUACAACGGCUCACGUCAGACUGAAGUGAUGAACAAACAAGACGAGUUUCUUCCUCCAGGACUUUUACUGUCUGCCUACCUGGAGAAGAUGAGCUGAGACCUCCUCUUCCUCUAUCAUGUAAAUGUAAAUAGGACGUGGGGUGAAUUUUCCAUUAAUUCUAUCCACAAAGAAACUUCAACAAACAUUUAACUAAACCUUCAACUUCCGUAUCCUUCCAAAAAUUUUGAUCAUUUCAGUACGUCUAGUUUCUCACUCGUUGGUGGUUUGGAGCAAAAACCCUCAAAACAUUUUUUUUUAAUGUUGUCAGUCUCAAAUAACGAUGUUUUUGCAACGAAUAAUGGUUACAAAAUGUUUCUAAAGUAGGAUUUAGUCAAACGCAGAAACUGAAAAACGCUUUUUGUCGCGCAAGUCUGACUGGAAACGUGGAAUCAUAAAACGGUAACUGAGCUCAUGUUCUUCUCCACGUAAAGAUUUACAAAGUUUUAUCCUUUUACAUUAGAGAAGAAUAAAUAUGGCCCAAGUCAUAUUUUUACUCUAAGCUAUAAAGCUUAAUUAAUUGCAAUAACCAAAGUUACUUUUGUUCUCAUUGGCCUGUAUUACUGUGACAAAAGUUUUUAUUAUAAAAAUAUGGUAAAACUUUUCAAUGUGACAUUUAUCCUGUACAACUAAAAAAUAAUCUGGUUGCAUAAAUUUGUGCACAACCUUAAGCUAACACUUUGAUAAAUAAUGUAUUGACUUGUUCAUUAAUACUAAUCUAACAGCUUUGCCCGUUUGGGCUUUGAUUUGACUCUUAAAAUUUUAUCACAGUGACACUUUUGUGAUAACAAAAGAAAUUUCUUUAGGAAAUUAGCCACAUAAAUGUCCUGAAGCAGAUUUGAUCAUGUUUAAUUAUAUUUAGUGUCGCUUUCAUCAAUAAACAAUAAACAAUUGAACAAACAAUGAAGAAAAUAGUAAAUGAAGCAGCAAAUCUGAUAAUACAGCCAGUUUUUAAAAAAAACUAGUUAAAUUUAUUGGGAUAAACGUAAAUCAUAAUUCUUAUGAUUAAAUAUUUUUCAUAAUAAACAAUGCAAUAAAUUCUGUGAUUUUAGUUCCGACUUGCAGAAACUUUAAUGUUUGUUCAUAGUUUCUUCCACAUCAAUAAAAGCAACAGUUUAAUCUAAAACUGCCGCCACCACGUCAGCCUCACUGAUCAUUUAUGAAUGAUCAGUAAAUCCUUAUGUCGACUUUUGAAAAAUAUCCAGUUUUGGUAAUGUUACUACAAGCCGUAGUGUGUGUGUGUGUAAUUUUUCUAAAGAAUGCAAAUGAUCUUAGGAAGCUGAACUUUCACUCAGGUUCCUCAGAUUUACGUUUUGUUUUUGUUUUGUGCACUUAAGAAAAUAUUGAAAUUGAGUCCAAAGGUACGUAAAAUAUUUGUCUUAAGGGAUUUGCAUACUUAUACCACAGUUUCCCCUCUAAUAGAUUAGUUUUAUUGUACAGGUUCGACGUCAGAUUAAAUGUAGAAAAAGUUUAGAAAUGAAUGAGAAGCACUAGUUGUUUUCCGAAUACGAAUAUACAAAAUAUUAACCUGCUUCCUGACCAUCACUAGAGAUGUUUUAGUUAUUCAUGUUCAUGUUAUCUCUAGUAUUUCUCGUAGAAAUGAUAGAAUACAUACAGAAUACAUUAGAAUCAGUUCAUGAGUUUUGUUCAAUCCAUAAAGAGGAAGUAAAGCCUUUAAAGUGGAAACCUCUACGCCAUCAUGAAUGAAUAUUUAAUGAGCUGAACGUGUGUCUGUCUGAGUAGAGAAACAAAAAUGAUAAAACCUGAAGAACUAAUGGAAAGUUUACUCUGAGGUCUGCUUGCUGCUGGCUUUAAGCAUGAACGGUGCUAUCUUUGCUCUCAGAUCAAAUGCUUUUCUGCCUGAAACUGUCUCCUGGAUUUCUGCCAGCGAGGUUUAGAGCAUGAGUUUUAGGGAUCCUCCUGUAAGCACAGGCAUUUCUCUCAUCAAAGUCACGUUGUCCUCGUUGUUUAGGGGACAUUUAUCCUUCCGUAUCGAUUUGUGUUCGCUUUCUGACGCGCCGACGCCCUGUUCACACUGGAAAUGUUCUCAUUAACUAAAUCUUCAGAGUUUAUCGAUUCGGCUGCAGACACUGCCACCUGAAACGCAGUCCAGACUUUGAGCUCAGAUCUGUCGAGGUUUCCGAUUACACAGCAGAUCCAGUUUGGAUGCCUGGAGCAGGUGCUGUUCUGGUGCUGGUUUCCAGUGUAGACAAAGCGUCUGGUUCUCCUCAGUUAGUCUAAAAGAUAAAGAACUUUAUUCUGUAUUAAAACCUAUAAUAGGAGCCUCCAUGUAUGCAUGAAUUUCUGGAUUUUUUUCCCCUCCAGCCUCUUUGUUUACUCUCAGAUAACAGGUUUAGCAGCUGCUUUACUUUAACUGAUACCGUCGAUUAAUGGUGUAGUUCACAGUUUCUACAGCAGAGGCAUCAUUUUACACUUUUCCGAUCCACAUCAGGGGAUUUUUUUUGAUUAUUUAAAAAACAUUUUCGUCAACAACCACUCUUAAAACAAGAAGAGAAGCACUUCUGCCUUAUGAACCUGCAGUUUCUAUCAUUUGUCUGUGCAUGCAUUUCUAUAUUUUUACUUGACCAGAUCUUGGAAACAUGUGUCCAGUUUCUGCUUCUUUUUUACGCUGUUGACAGCAGCAGUGACAAAACUUGACGUGUUGGUGCAUUUUGUCAACAACCAAAGCGUGUGUGUCUGUUGCGUGGAUACAUCCAACUUCUCAGGCUUUGAUUUCGUCUCUCUGAAUGUCUCGCUUCACAUGCCGUCUGCUUUCUUCACGUGAACCUGGUUCGUGGUCUCUGCAGCUCUUUGGAGGGCUGACAUCUUUUUAACUACUUGUAAUCACGCUGUAAAUAUUUAACUGACUUGUGCCAAAAUGUGGUUUUUAAAAGCUUAAGCAACUGAGAGCUGAAUACGUGAUUCUGGAGGAUUUUUGUGUAUAUUUGAUGUGCAUAUUUAUAAUGAUAUCUGCUGUAUUAAAGGGGAUUUAAGAUGCA